GACAGGAGAGUUGAAAAGGGAGCGCGAAGUACAAGACGUGCACGUGAGGUUAAAUUAAGUUUUUUUUUUUAAUGUAUUUAUUUAUUUAGCAAAACGAAUACUUCAACUAUAACAUAUUGCCGCAGGGACUGGCGAGAGACCAAAUAUUAGGAUUCCAUUGAUUAAAGCGGCUUGGGGUCAAAGAGCUGACCGGGGAUCAGCGUGUCCAGCUCAGGCCACAGCUGGUCGGAGGCCGAGCGAGUGUCCGGCGGUUAAAGAUGAAAAUGAAUCAGGCCUCUCAGGCUAAUUAGCGGGCCGCCGCCCUCCGCCCCCGCCGUGCUGCGAUUGGUCCUGAGGAGAACAACCUGCCGAUGGCCGCCGCAUCAUCAUUGUCCCUUCAACGGCAACAAUGAGGCGGAAUAACUAAUGAGCUCGUCCGGGCUGAGGUCUCACUAUUCUCAACCUGGCUUUGGACGUGACCAGCAGCCUUCGGUGGGCCCGUCACCCCGCCAGGAAACCAGAAGAACAGAAAUGCUCUAAUAUUCGAAAAAACAAAAAACAUUUAGCCUAGCAACCAAAGAACACACAUUUGGAUUACUUUUUUCUUCACUAUUUACAUUUUUUGUCAACGAUUUCACAGAGGAGAACAGCAAACAUGAAAGCAAGAAGAUCUCUCAGCGCCUUGACAGCAAUGUUGUGUUUAAGUGUGUGUUGGGCCUCGGAACUGUCCUUCCUGCAGGAGCCCAGAGACGUGAUUGCAGUGCGCGAUCGCCCGCUCAUGCUGGACUGCAGGGUUCAGGGCGAGGAACCCGUCCAGAUCACGUGGCGUAAAAACGGAGUGCCUUUAACCACCAACCCGCGGCUUCACGUGCUGGCAAACGGCACCCUGUUGAUCCAAAGCUUCCAGAAGCGCAAAGACGGCAGUGACGCUGACAUGGGCGAGUAUGACUGCGCCGCCCGGAAUCGCUACGGCAUGCUGGUCAGCCGUAAGGCCAAAGUCCUGUUGGCCUCUCUUCCCAAAUUCCACACGCACCCUAUGUCAAUGACAGUGGAUGAGGGCGGUGUUGCACGCUUCCAGUGUCAGAUCAAUGGAAUACCUGAGGCCAACAUCACCUGGGAGAGAGACAGAGUGCCACUGAGCACUGAUGACAACAGGUACACGCUCCUGCCAAUGGGCAUCCUGCAGGUGACAGGCGCCAGGCAGGCGGACGCUGGCGUGUUUCGCUGCGUUGCCGCCAACAUUGCGAACACGCGCUACAGCCACGAAGCCGUGCUUAACAUCAGCGGUGGAGCCCCCAGAACUUACAAGGAGCCUGUCAUCCUGUCAGGUCCUCAGAAUCUAACAUUAACCGUCCAUCAGACGGCCAUCUUGGAGUGCAUUGCAACAGGAAACCCAAAGCCGAUCGUUUCCUGGAGCAGGCUAGACGGACGCUCCAUUGGAGUCGAAGGUAUCCAGGUUCUUGGAACAGGGAACCUGAUGAUCUCAGAUGUUUCUCUGCAGCACUCCGGCGUGUAUGUGUGUGCCGCCAACCGACCCGGCACCAGGAUGAGACGUACUGCACUUGGCAGGCUUGUGGUACAAGCCCCUCCUGAGUUCCUGCAGUGGCCGCAGUCUGUCUCCAAGCCAGCAGGGGGCAGUGCUGUGUUCACUUGCGUGGCACAAGGAGUCCCAGAGCCUCACCUCAUCUGGCUGAAAAAUGGCAAGGUUUUAAUGCCUGGACACAACAUCAAGUUGACCAAUAACAACAGUACUCUGGCUCUGACUCGUAUCAGCUCCGAGGAUGAGGCCAUCUACCAGUGCAUUGCCGAGAACAGUGCCGGCACAAACCAGGCCAGCGCCCGACUGGCUGUGGCGCAGGCCAAAGACCUCCCUGCCACCCCCGAGGGACUCAUCGCCGGCGUGCUGUCCGCCAGUGCUCUGCAGAUCUCAUGGAGCCAACCCCCUGCAGAAGUCACUGACGGGAUUAUCGGCUAUGUGCUACACAUCCGCAAGAUAGGAGAGCCUGACACUCUGGAGCUGCAGGAAGCCAUCAGCAAAGGUGCCUUCCAGCACGAUGUAAACAACCUGGAGCCAGCCACAACCUACUCCCUCUACUUGAAAGCCUACUCGCCCCUCGGAGCCAGCCAGCAGUCCCGCACUGUGGUGGCCACAACACUAGGGGGCGUUCCUACCACGCCCACCUUUUUCACCAAGGUGGUGAACUCCAGCGCUGUGCAGGUGCUUUGGGAGCUGCCCAGCAAGGCGGGAAAGGCUGAGGGCUUCAGGCUGUCUUACCGCAGGGUCCCCAAUGGCGACUUCCAGGGGCCAAUCCAGCUGCCCUGCCACGUCAACGCCCACACCAUCGCUAACCUGGCGGGUGCAGUGUAUGAAGUCAAACUGGUGGCCUACAAUGGAAACGGGGAGAGUGACUGCUCCAAGAGACUGGUGUCACUGGCAGAUAAAAUCACCAGUGCCCAAAAUACCGGGGACAAGACGCUGUGUGAGUGCAGGGAAGGAGAAGCGUCGCUGGGCAGCGUUGUCAUUGGCAUCCAUAUUGGCACGGCCUGCAUCAUCUUCUGUGUCAUCUUCCUCAUGUUCGGGUAUCGUCGCAGUUUGUUUUGCAACAAAGGGACUCAGGACAGCUGGUCAGUACCGAGGGACAACACAGGACACAAUGGCGUCCAUAAAGAGGUCACAGUCCCUCAGCAGGUGGCUGUGAGUCCGGCGCAAUGCCAGGUGGUCAUUGAGGAACACCCGUCGAGUCUUCCUGGCACGGGCAGCGGCUAGCACUGGUCAAUGACCCCCCGCCCCCACAUCCCUCCACCUUCCCCACCAACACCCAUCCGUUUGACUCAGGUUCUUUGAAUUAGAUGUGGACCGGUUCAAACUGGUUCCACUGCACACCUCAUUCCUGACAUGACCCCCCUGGACUAGUGCCCCGCCCUCGAACCAAAGCAAGUUUGCCUUUAUCGCCCAUGCCCACGGGCAUAAGCGUGUUGAAAAAGCCUUUAAGAGCGUCUACGCCACAAAUGUGCCGUGUCAGCGCGCUUGCUGGGAGUCUGAUCAAUAACCAAAAUGUUUUAUAUACGCCUCAGAUCUCGCCUGCUGCCGCGCUGACACGCCUUUAAGCCAAAUAUUAGACGAGUGGGAGCUCUUCACCUUGCCUUGGCUUCCUCCUCAAUAGUGAGGGGAAGAACAAAGUGGCCUUCGUGAUGAGUCGUGACGCUCCUUCCAUGUACGCCGUCGUCUCAAAGCUGCUCCAAAGAACGCUACCUCACAUUGACGGAGAGCCUCCGCCAUAUUGGAAACCCCUUUCCUCCUUCGCUUCUUUGACCAGUGCCGCCGUGCCGUGCCAGCUGCCAGAGAGAGCUCACCGGGUGGACCUGCAUGGAGAGAUCGCGCCUGAUCUCGUCCAUCUACUGAACUUUUGCGACCAAAUGAGUCAUCAAAACCACACUUUCACUCUCCACACACCAAAUCGUGUCACCCGGAAGCCUCGAUGGCGCCGGAUUGGCAUCUGAAGAAGUCGUAAGGUAAGACGCCCGAACGCACAGAGAAGGAAAACCAAGCUAAAUGACACCCAAAGAUCCUUUUCAUGGUUUUCCUUGGUUUCCUCCUGUUGAGAGACUACUUCCUGGUUGAAAGGCGUCGCCAAGAUUGCUUUAACUGAACUCAAGCCAAAAAAAAAGCUAGCUCAGAAUUUUUUAUAGUAUUUGUUUGAUAUUCAUUUUCAACUUUGUUUUUACAAACUUUAAGAGUGACCAAAUGAAAAUGUCAAACGUUUAUGUCCAUACAGGAAGCAGGGGUGUCCUUUGUUGGAUUUAUUUUUGUUUGUAUUCAUGAAAUACAUUACACUCAUUUGCUCUGUCAGCAAAACACAGCACAUGUGUUUAGUAUGGGACACAUUCCAGCCAAUCAGUGCACUUUGCUUAAACUAAACUUACAUCUGUGUCCUUCUUCCAACUUCAAUUUUGAUUAUUCACAUAUUGAACUACUCAAAAUGCAUAUUGGUCCAUCACAGGUAAUAUUUUUUUUCAUUUUAUACAAGGUUCCAAAGUGAAGAUGACUCAUUUCAGUAACAUGAUUGGAAGUAACAGGAGUGAGUUUUAGAUACAAAAAGGUACAAAUAUAUAUAUACAGUAGAAAAAACAUGAAAUAUAGCCACAUGUCAUUUAUUUUAACAGCACGUUGACACCAAGCACAUUACAGUGACUCACCAGUAUAAUGUAUGUAAAAAUGACAUUAAAAAUAAUUUAGGUAACAUGAUGGAACGUAACAGAAGUGAGUUUUUGUUGUUGCUUUUUAGCUUAGGUAGUACAUAGAUGACAUAUAGCCACAUACUAUUUAUACUAAUAACUUGUUGACAUAAGCACAUUGCAGUGACUCAAAAAAUAAUAUAUUUUAAAAUAUCAUCAAGAAAUAAUAUCAGAAUCACUACUGAGAGAAACAGUAGUGAGUUUUUGGAAUCAUUAGCAAAUGCAUGAAUUAUAGCCACAUUACAUUUUUGCUAAUAGAAUGUUGACACAAAGCACAUUACAGUGACUUGACAAAAUAAUGAAAAAUAUUUUAGGUAACAGUACUAAAGUAACAAUUGUGUGUUUUUAAGAUAAGUAGCAAAUACGUGAACUGUAACCACAUUACAUUUAUGCUAGUAGGAUGUUGACACUAAACACAUGGCAGCAACUCAACAAACUACCGUAUUAUAUAUGAUAAAUGGGUUAUACUUGUAUAGCGCUUUUCUACCUUCAAGGUACUCAAAGCGCUUUGACAGUAUUUCCACAUUCACCCAUUCACACACACAUUCACACACUGAUGGCGGGAGCUGCCAUGCAGGGCGCUAACCAGCAGCCAUCAGGAGCAAGGACACAACGGACGUGACUAGGAUGGUAGAAGGUGGGGAUUGAACCCCAGUAACCAGCAACCCUCUGAUUGCUGGCACAGCCACUCUACCAACUUUGCCACGCCGUCCCUAUUUAUUUAAAAACUAAUAACAUUAAAAAAUGAUUUAGGUAACAGGACUGAGCUCGCUUUUGUUCUUCAAAUUGCCUACAGAAAAUGUGAAUCAUGCGACUUCCUGUAGCCCAGUGGUUCUUAAACGUAUCUCUCCAAGUACCACCAUAAUGACCAACAAUAAAAUACAGUAGCAUAGUAGGUCUAAGUAGUCAUUAAAAACAAGGCACCGUUUUUAUUUAACAAGUUAAUGUAAUAUUUUAGCCACUACAACAGUGCUCCAGUUUGAACAGUGACACUGUGUUUGAAUAUUUAAUUAGGUAUUCUUUGGCGUACCACUAGAUGGAUAGAUAGACCAUGGUUUGAGAAUCAUUGUUGUAGACCAUGCUACAGAACUGAGUGAAAUUCCAGACUCAUCACCAAAGUGUCAAUUUUUACAUUUCUUAAGGAAAAAUUGAAUAAAAGUAUAGUUGCAAUAGGAACAUUUCUGAAGGAUUUAAACAAUUCAAAAUCUAUUUUUAGGACAACAAAUGCUGCUUUUCCAGUGUUCAAAGACACAUUUUCUUAGUAAAUUAGGUGUUUUACAAUAUACAUACUAUUUAUUGGGCAUGCAAAUGGCACUGAUUUGUUGGAAUGUGGCAAAUACUGCAUUUAACCUAUCGUAUACUGGAUUGUUUUGAGCAUCUUUAAUAUAGAAAAUGUGGCCGUCCCUAGCUGGAAACACCCUGGACACCCCCUGCUUUAAGAAAUACUUCUUUUGUGUCCAAGUAGUGGACGUUUCUUGGCAAAUAUUUUGAUAUGUUGAAGAAAUAUGUAACCAAAUAGUUCUACGUUUUGAAGAAUAUAUCCUUUACACGUCCUCACUGACCAAAACACAUGCGCGUGCACGUGUGUGUGUGUGUGUGUGUGUGUGUGCAUGUCAGAUUUUAAGUGUGAAUAACAGCAGAGAAACUUGAGCAAACUCACAUUGACAGGAAGUGUGUGUGCGUCUUUAUUAUGCAGUUUAACUACGUGCAGGUACAUUUUAUCAUGCAGGUUUAAAAAUACUCUAAGUCCGUGGUUCUCUAACGUACCACCUCAGAAAACACUUGGCUCUCUAAGCACCAUAAUGACUAGCAUUAAAAUACAGUAGCAUAGUCAGCCUAAGUAUUCAUUAAAAACAAGGAAGAGGUUUAAUUAAACCCUUGAGUCAGCUUAAUUAAAAACUAUGUUAAACCCCCUAACUGACGAAAAACCAAUGCUCUCAAAAAAGUGUUAUAAGUGAUUUUUUUUUUUUAAACUAUCAACACUUUAAAUUCUUCAACAGCUUUAGACCUAUUCAUAGAUUUAAGUUUUAAUAUAUUUGUAAUGUUUUUUUAAUGUUUUAUGCUCUUUAUGUAAAAAUAAAUAAAUAAAAUAAACACCAUUUUUAUAAUGGAAAAAAAGCACAAAAAAUACAUAAUUCGCAAAAAUUAGGUGUAAAGUGGAAUACUUUAGAUCAGGGGUCCCCAAACUAUGGCCCGCAGGCCGGAUCCGGCCCCCCAGCAUCCAAAAUCCGGCCCACGGAUGUCCCAAGCUAAUUUUUUUUUUUUAUUCUAUUUUUUUUAAAUUAUUAUUAUUAUUAUUUAUCUUUCCUUUCUAAUCAAUUUUUUAUCGCUUGUUACUCUGUGUCUCCUAGCCGCUCAGGCAAAUCAUAUUGUCUAAAAAUUAAUUUUCCCAUCGAUAACGUGACAAUGUUAAAUGUUGAUGAACAUUAAUGUUAAUUGAUGUUAAAUGACAAAACGGAUUAACUCGCUGGAAUAUAAAGACAAUGUAUACAUGUAUGUAUAUAUACACAUAUAUAUAUAUACAUAUAUAUAUAUAUAUACACAGCCCAGCCCCCGGCCAAAUUUUUUUUACCCAAUGCGGCCCCCGAGUCAAAAAGUUUGGGGACCCCUGCUUUAGAUGAAGUAAUUACAGCCUUUAAUAGGUCAAUAAUUCAUAACACUGAUUUUGAUGCGUUAUUAUUUUUGGAACAAUAACUGUUUCUUUCCAAAACUCACACUAUCUAUCCCUACUUACCCGAAAAUGGAACGCCCUCCAAAAAGUCUUAUAAGUAAGUCCAUUUAUUUAUCUCUGAUUCUGAAUCCUCUCAAGAGCGUUUAUUUUCAUUCUUCUACAGUUUUUUUUUUUUUUUUAAUGCUGCAGGACUCCGCAUACAGCGCUACCGCAAAUAUACGACGACAUAGCUUACGAAUUGCUCUGAUACGUGCUGGCUACACGUCCGACCGAUAGACUGAUGCAUCUACAGCGUUUCGAAAUGUUUUUCCAACAAUGAGAACAAAGAAAGUGAGUGUGAAGGACAGUGCUGAGAAGAAGAAGCGGAUUGAUAUUCAUUGAAUUAAAGAAAGUGUGUAGCUAGCUAACUUGUUGAAGCAGUUGGAGUGUACCCUGCACCAUACUGAAUUUAUUUUAUAAAACAGCGAUUGUUUAUCCAUGAAAAUAUGGAGAAGCUGCUGGAAGGUAGAAGUAGAAGCUGUACAUUAACAUAACAUUCCUUCAUAAAACUACUGUACUUGUUUGUAGUACAGUCUAUCGUAUUGUUUUUCAUAAAAUAUUUAUGGUAUGAAAUAAUGUUUUUUAUUUAUAAAAGACAUGUCACAUGUUAAAAUGUAGCUUUUUUUCAGCACAGGUUAAAUUAAGGUAAUUGAUUUCAAAGGGGAACGCUGUUAUGCAAUAUAAGUUUUUUUGAGGCACUAGCUGCUUGACCGAACCAAUAAAGUCAUCCUGGAGUACGACUGUGCUUUUAUACAGCGUUUCAUUUGUUGAUUAACAAAACAAAAUACAUCAAUAAAAGUACAGUGGUACCUCAUUUUGUGUUAGUAAUUCGGAGGCCAAUAAAACAAGCAUUUUUUAAAUGUAAAUAAUUUAAAUAUAUUUAAUUUGUAACAGACACACAAAAAUAUUAACACAAAACACAUUUUAGAGAUUAUAGUAUUGUCCUGCUGAAAACAUUUUAAAAUACCUAGAAAUUAUGAAAGAAAUAUGAUAUGGCCCCCGACAUCGUUGUAUCGAGUCUGGCAAUAAUGUGCAUCAAUAAAGCAUAAUGAAUAUAGUUGAUCUUUUAAUAUCAACUUCUAAACUGUAUUAUCUGGACAUGCAACAAUAUAUUCCAAACAUUAUUUUUGUUGGGAAAAAUAAAUACCGUAUUUUUCGGAGUAUAAGUCGCACCGGAGUAUAAGUCGCACCUGCCGAAAAUGCAUAAUAAAGAAGGAAAAAAACAUUUAUAAGUCGCACUGGAGCCCGGCCAAACUAUGAAAAAAACUGCAACUUAUAGUCCGAGAAAUACGGUACCUAAAUAUUGGCUUGUAUGGUUUAAAAACAAGUUAUCAAUCCGUUAAAAUAAUGAAAUACAUAGGCUUUUGUGUUAUUAUACAGUAAUAACUUUAUAUUCAUAUAUAUUUACUGCUGCAAACGGCCCUCAUGUGGCCUGCAAUGAAAACACCCUGGUAUAAAUGAACAUUUAAUACCUUCAUUUAAAACUCUUGUCGGCAAAGACGGCGAUGAGCGGUAGAAGGGGAGCGCUACUUUUUGUAUUUUGCUACAACUUUCUUGAAUUCAACAGUAUUUCUCAACUUCUUCAUCAAAGUGCUGGAACUCGCAAUUUUCUUUGGCCCCAUGGUGGAUUAUUUUGCUGUCAUACUCAAUUAAAAAAAAAAAAGUAGAAAAAGACUGAUACAGCAGAAUGAUACGCGGCUAAACAGACAAGUUUGUUACGCGCAAAGAUUGUGUGUACCGUAACCGAGACGAUGUAUGAAAAAGUUUGUCAUAGACUUAUCAAAAUCAGAAUCUUACAAAAAGCGGGGCAUAUGAAAACCGAGGUACCACAAUACUGACUGGUACUAUGACUGGUAAUGUUAACGCAACGUGACUUUUUUUCGGGCUCGUCAAAGUUUUAAUUCAUGCUAAAGUCGGUGAAGUGAGGUCGGUCAUGGCAACAUUCAUUAUUCUGUUAUUUUAAUAUUAUUAUCAUUAUUAUUUAUCCAUUAACUGUCAUCUGCAAUCUGCUUCAAAAGGCUCACCUGACCACUGUGAAUAUUGUCUGACAUGACAAUUAUAGUAUCAUAAUGAACCCCAUUCGCCGCGGUUUACCUGAAACAUAAAACGUAACAAAUUUAGGCCGUGCACUAUCCGCUUUAGUUGCCAGAUGGCACUGUUGAACAACUUCAAAUGUGUUUUGCGGCAAUUCCAACCUGGACCACAGCGCCAGUUGCGAUGUAGAGUGGUGCUUUUCAUCAUUUUCAGCAGACCGCAUUGCAAAAUGAUUAACCCGCCUUUUCCUCUCACACGAGAUCCACCCAGGAAUGGAGCCAUAUGAGUCCCUUCCCUACUGUAGGUUAUUUUCAGACAGACUUUCUUCAAUGUGAGUUUUUUUCAAGCUGCUGUUUUCCCUCCAAGUUGACCUUCUUGCUUUUCUGAGUGUUCAAAGUCGAUUCCGUGUCAAACCUUGAUUGCCUUUCACACAUCCCAACACUUAGACAGCAGUUCAACACGCGCAAAACCAAAAAAGUGACAUGCGGGAUGUUUUCGUGGCGUGUCGUUUUUGAUGCGCCUCUUGUAUCUGCAGGAAAAGUUGCCAAAAGAAAUGUUGAAUUGUUCCUGUUGAUGAUUAGAUUUGAUACUUUUUACCAUGAUUUCUUUUUGAAGUUGUGCAGAGUGUACAUUUGAAGGCUGUGAUAUUUUUGCUUCGAGUAGAAUUGUUAGUGAUUAGAAAGCCGAGGAGAAACAAUGCUUUAAUGGUUCUAGAAGUGCUUCUUUGUUCGAUACAAGCUUUAACUUGUUAAAAGUCACAGUGGUGAGCAACAGAGCAGACAAGCUUCAUUCAUUUUUAAACCAACACAAAGUUUCACAUCUCACCAAUUCAUGCUGCUUGAAAAAUUCAUGUUAUUUAUAUAUCUAAAGCUGUAUGUUUGUUAGGACCCAAUUCAAAGACACUAUAUAUAUAUAUAUAUAUAUAUAUAUAUAUAUAUACACACACAGUACAUAUCUAUGUAUAACUUUUUUCUAAAUCACUAUUCCACAAGUCAUACCUAAAAAAAUCUGCUAAGCUUGGUCUCUGUUUUGUCUGCAAAUCGCUGGAAACGUUCUAUUUCUCACAC